CGCGGCCGGGGAGCCGCCCAGACACUCGGUUUCUAGCCUGUAUUUCAGUGGGGCUCCUUCAGUGAGGGCAGACGUCAGCCUAGGCGCGCUUCCUAUGCAAGCAGAGCUCAGAAAACCCCGAAAAUCUGCAAAGAAAGGAAAGCCCAGGAGGAGGAAAGGGCUCCGAGGAACCCUGUGCCUGAGGGUCCCCUCAGCUACUGGUGGAGACCUGUGACUCAGUAGCAAGAACAAAAUUGGAAAUGUCAGCUUCAGUAGAAGCUAAGGGCCUUGUCCCCUUCACCAGAGAGUCUUAUGAACUUAUCAAACAACGUAUUGCCAAAAAGCACAAUGAGGAGCAUGAAGAAGAAGAUUUAAAGGCAGACACUGAUUUGGAAGUCGGCAAAAAGCUACCGUUCAUUUAUGGAAACCUUUCUCAAGGAAUGGUGUCAGAGCCCUUGGAAGAUGUGGACCCGUAUUACUACAAGAAAAAAAAUACUUUCAUAGUAUUAAAUAGAGACAGAACAAUCUUCAGGUUCAACGCUUCCUCCAUCUUGUGCACGUUGUCACCUUUCAGUUCUAUUAGGGGAACGACCAUCAAGGUCUUGAUCCAUCCCUUAUUCCGACUGCUAAUUUUAAUUAGUGUCCUGAUUGAUUGCAUAUUUAUGACCAUGACUGAUUUGCCAAGAUGGGGACCAGCAUUAGAGAAUACUUUGCUUGGAAUUUAUACAUUUGAAAUAAUUAUAAAACUCUUUGCAAGAGGUUUCUGGGCAGGAUCAUUUUCUUUCCUUGGUGAUCCAUGGAACUGGCUUGACUUCAGCGUGACUUUGUUUGAGUUUAUAACAAAAUGUAUACCUCUAAACUACAUUCUAAUGCUUCAGAAGGCAAGAACUUUGAGAAUUUUGAAAAUUAUUCCUUUAAACCAAGGUCUGCAGUCCCGUAUGGGGACCCUGAUCCAUUGCUUGAAGAAACUGAUGGGCGCCAUUAUCUUAACUCUGUUUUUUCUGAGCGUAUUUUCUCUAAUUGGGAUGGGGCUCUUCAUGGGCAACCUGAAGCAUAAGUGUCUGUGGUUGCCCCGAGAAAAUGAAAAUGAAACCCUGCACAACAGAACUGGGAAUCCGUACUACUUUCGAGAAACAGAAAUCUUUUAUUAUUUGGAGGGAGAAAUAAAUGCCCUCCCUUGUGGUAACAGAACAGAUGCUGGUCAGUGUCCUGAAGGUUAUGUGUGUGUAAAAGCUGGCCUAAAUCCUGAUCGUGGUUUCACAAAUUUUGACAAUUUUGGCUGGGCCUUCUUGGCCCUAUUUCGGUUAAUGACCCAGGAUUUCCCUGAAAACCUUUAUCACCAGAUACUUUAUGCUUCUGGAAAAGUCUACAUGGUCUUUUUUGUUGUGGUAAGCUUUUGGUUUGCCUUUUACAUGGCGAGUUUAUUCUUGGGCAUACUCGUUAUGACCUAUGAAGAGGAGACACAGACAGCGACUGAAAAAACUAACAAGACUGAACCCAGAUUUCAAGAGAUUGAAAAAGAACUUCAAGAAGGAAAUGAAGCCACUGAGGUAUAUAUAUUUUUAAUGCUUCUUAGAACCACAAUGCUGGAGAUAUCUUUUCAAGGUCUUGGAGUAUAUUGCCUUCUGGGCGAUGCUCAUAUCAAUGUGUGCCAUAUUAUUAGAAGAUCAAAAAUGAUUUCAAUAAGAGAGCUCACUUUUACUAAACUUAAAAAAUCCAAGAAGAAAUGCCCAUUGUGUUGGUAUAGGAUUGCAAAACUUUUCCUGAUAUGGGACUGUUCUCCUUGUUGGUUAAAAUUGAAAGAGUUUGUUCACAGGAUUAUAAUGUACCCGUUUACUGAUCUUGUCCUUGCUUUAUGCAUAAUUUUAAAUGUAUGUUUUUUGGCCUUGGAACAUUAUCCAAUGAGUGAAGAAAUCAACAGUCUUCUCAGCAUUGGAAACCUGGUUUUUAUCGGAAUAUUUACAGCAGAAAUGAUUUUAAAAAUAAUCGCCAUGCAUCCAUAUGAGUACUUUCAAGUAGGUUGGAAUAUUUUUGACAGUGUAAUUGUGUUCCUUGGCCUAACAGAACUUUACCUAGCAAAUAUUCAAGGAAUCUAUUAUUUUCGAUUAUUCAGGAUGUUGCGAAUUUUCAAGUUGGGGAAAUAUUGGCCAACUUUUGAGAAUCUGAUGCUGACUCUUACCAACUCAGUGGCGGCCCUGGAAGACCUGGUUCUGCUGUUGUUCACGUUCAUCUUCUUUUCUGCUGUACUUGGCAUGAAGCUGUUUGGUCAGAGUUACAGAGAAGGUGUCUGUCACAUAGACAAAGACUGUCAGGCCCCACGCUGGCAUAUGUAUGACUUCUUCCACUCCUUCCUGAAUGUGUUCCGCAUGCUCUGUGGAGAGUGGAUAGAGACCUUAUGGGACUGCAUGGAGGUCGCUGGCCGACCUUGGUGUAUUUCUUUUUAUAUGAUGGUCAUUUUAAUUGGAAACUUACUGAUACUUUACCUCUUUCUGGCCUUGGUGAGCUCAUUUAGAUCGCACAACGCUGUAACAACAGAAAAGAACGAUGAAACAAAGAAUCUCCAGCUCGCCCUGACAAGAAUCCAAACAGGAAUAAGCCACGUGUUUCUUAAAAUAUUGUGCAAAAAACAAAAUAUUCCGAAGGAGAGGCUGGACCAUGCCCUUUCUGAACUGAGCAACACCCAAGAUUUCCUCACGGAUAAGGAGAAACACAGUGGCACAGAGAAAACCACGGUGACGGAAAAUGAGAGUCAAUCACCUCUCCCCAGUCCUAGUGUCUCAGAAACUGUGCCGAUUGCUUCGGGAGAAUCGGAUAUAGAGAAUGUGGAUAAUAAAGAGAUUCAGAGCAAGUCAGGUGAUGGAGGCAGCAAAGAGAAAAUAAAACCAUCUAGCUCAUCUGAAUGCAGUACAGUGGAUAUUGCUAUUUCUGAAGAAGAAGAAAUGGUCUGCGAACAUGAUAGGCCAAAACAUCUUAAAAAUGAUGACAGACGGACAUCUUCACUUGGUCAAAUCAGUAGAGAAUCCAAGAAAGGAAAAAUGUGGCAGAACAUCAGGAAAACCUGCAGCAAAAUAGUAGAGAAUGAAUGGUUCAAGUGUUUUAUCGGCCUCGUCACUCUGCUCAGCACAGGCGCUCUAGCUUUUGAGGAUAUAUAUAUUGAUCAGAGAAAGACUAUUAAAAUUUUGUUAGAAUAUGCUGACAUGAUCUUCACUUACAUCUUUAUUCUGGAAAUGCUUCUGAAGUGGAUGGCUUAUGGUUUUAAAGCCUAUUUCUCUAAUGGCUGGUACAAGCUGGACUUCAUGGUUGUUAUUGUGUUUUGCCUUAGCUUAAUAGGGAAAUCUCGAGAAGAACUAAAGCCACUUACUUCCAUCAAAUUCCUUCGGGCACUCAGAGUUCUAUCUCAAUUUGAAAGAAUGAAGGUGGUUGUGAAAGCUUUGAUAAAAACAACUUUUCCAGCUUUGAACGUGUUUCUUGUCUGCCUUCUGAUCUGGCUGGCUUUUAGUAUCAUGGGAGUAAACUUAUUUGCUGGCAAGUUCUAUGAAUGCAUUGACCCAACCAGUGGAGAAAGGUUUCCUGUAUCUAAAGUCGCGAAUAAAAGUGAAUGUGAAGGCCUUGUGUUUAAUGAAUCUGUGCCAUGGAAAAAUGCAAAACUGAACUUUGAUAAUGUUGGAAAUGGUUUCCUUUCUCUGCUUCAAGUAGCAACAUUCAAUGGGUGGAUUGAUAUUAUGAAUUCAGCAGUUGAUUCUGUUGAAAUAGAUAUGCAGCCAGAUUUUGAAUUCAGCAUCUAUAUGUAUUGUUACUUCAUCAACUUUAUUAUAUUUGGAUUAUUUAUCCCUUUGAGUAUGCUGAUCAGUGUUAUUAUUACAAGUUUCAACAAGUAUAAAAUACAGCAGGGAGGCCCAAAUAUCUUUAUAACAGGACAACAGAGGAAACAGUACCGUGUGCUGAAGAAGCUGAUGUGUGAAGACUCUCAAAGACCAAUACCUCGCCCCAGAAAUAAGUUUCAAGGAUUCAUUUUUGACUUGGUAACAAAUCCUGUCUUUAAUGUCAUCAUUAUGGUUAUUAUCUGUCUCCACACAAUAAUCCUUAUGAUACAAAGUGAUGAACAGGGUCCUGAAAAGGAAAUUGCUUUCUACUGGAUUAACUCAACUGUUGUCAUGCUCUAUGCUAUAGAAUGUGUACUGAAGCUCAUCUCUUUUCAUUGUUAUUAUUUCACCAUUGGAUGGAACAUUUUUGAUUUUAUGGUUGUCAUUUUCUCCACUACAGGACUACUUCUGCCUAUGACAGUAGGAUACUCCAUUGUGCCUCCUUCACUUGUGCAACUGAUACUCCUCGCACGGAUCGUUCACGUCCUGCGCCUUGGAAAAGGACCCAAGGUGUUUCAUGAUCUGAUGCUUCCCUUCGUGCUGUCCCUCCCAGCACUGUUGAACAUCGGUCUUCUCAUCUUCCUGCUCAUGUUUGUCUACGCCAUCUGUGGGAUGUACAACUUUGCCUAUGUUAAAAAGGAAGCUGGAAUUAAUGAUGUGUCUAAUUUUGAAACCUUUGUCAGCAGUAUGCUCUGCCUUUUUCAAGUUACAAUAUUUGCCGGAUGGGAUGGGAUGCUGAAGGCAAUUUUCAGAAGUGAGUGGUCUGACUGUGAUCCUGAUAAAAUUAACCCGGGAACUCAGGUUCGGGGAGACUGUGGUAGCCCCUCCGUUGGGAUUUUGUAUUUUGUCAGUUACAUCCUCCUGUCAUGGCUGGUCAUUGUCAACAUGUACAUUGUUGUGGUCAUGGAGUUUUUAAAUAUUUCUUCUAAGAAAAAGGUUAAAACCUUAAGUGAAGACGAUUUUAAGAGAUUCUUUCAGGUGUGGAAGCGGUUUGACCCUGAUAGGACCCAGUACAUAGACUCUAGCAAGCUUUCAGACUUUGCGGCCUCUCUUGAUCCUCCUCUUUUCAUGGCAAAACCAAACAAGAGCCAGCUCCUUGCUUUGGAUCUCCCCAUGGCUGUUGGAGACAGGAUUCAUUGCCUUGACAUCUUACUCGCUUUUACAAAGAGAGUCGUGGGCAACGAUGCGAGGGUGGAGAAAGUCCUUUCAGAGAUAGAAUCAGGGUUUCUGUUAGCCAAUCCUUUUAAGAUCACAUACGAGCCAAUUACAAGUACUCUGAAACGAAAACAAGAGGCCGUUUCAGCAAGGAUCAUUCAGCGUGCUUAUAAAAAUUACCGCUUGAGGCAACAGGACAAAAAUACAAUAGAUAUCCGUAAGAUAGACGCAGAUAGAGAUGUCCAAGCUCCCAAAGAAGGUGUCUACUCUGACAAAGCUGAGGAAAAGUCAACUGUUCAAAGCCAGAGCUAAUCCCACUUGCCACCUCUGUACCUUCUUCUUAUAGCUCCAAACGUGGAUGCUAAAAGUGUAAAUCAGAAAUUAAAGCAAAGAUCGGAGAAAGCAGAGGUAAUAAUCACUUAUUUGUGAGCCACGGGAGUUAAGCUUGUGUUCAUAAGACUCUGUGCUGAAUUCACUUUUUAGCACUAUGCAUUCAGUCUAAUCAAACAGGAAAUGCAACUCCAUAUCACUGCAAUGAUUUCAUGUGGCCUGAGGUUCCCAUUUGGCAAUCCAAUGUUUGUUCUCCCUAUGUGGCAUAUGGUGUGCCCCUCUUCUAGAGAAUAGGGGAAGGUGAUGAGAGAGAUUAGCAAGAAAAGGGCCCUCCUUCUAUAUUUUAUUUCUAAUUUAGUGGGCUUCCAGGCUCACUA